ACGCCAUCGCUUGGCGGAUGCCAUUGUCGAGAUGUAGGAAACUAGGAAUGCAACAGAUGUGUACAGUAGUACAUCAUGGGGCAAAGAGCAGUAGGACUCUUGCAGUAGGUUGGUCGUUGGUCCGAAUGGCCCCGGCUUUAAUCCCGAAUUCUGCGCCAUGGAACGCAUGCAAACAAACAAAGACACCAGUCGCGGCGGCAAGCGCACUUGUCCAACCGCGCCUCGGCCAAAACCAAACCCAUCGCCGACCGCCUUCUCCUCGCUACGCCGCGGCGGCGGCAGCCUGCCGGUCUUUGACUUAAGGAGAGAUGAGGCGCGUCGCUCAGCGGCCAGCGAAGUGAGUUUCCCUUUCCUAGGGGAGAGAGAGAGAGAGAUCGAUGGUGCGGGGCUCGGCGGCGGCGGCGGCACUGCUGCUCCUGCCGUGGCUGCUGCAUGCUGCAGCCGCGGGCAACGGGAGCUGCGCGCGGAGCUGCGGGGGCUUGACGGUGCAGUACCCGUUCGGCUUCUCCCCCGGCUGCGAGAUACGGCUCGGGUGCGACCCGGCGGACGGCACCGCGUGGCUCGGGAAGACGCGCGAGCUGGGCCUGCUCGUGUCCAACGUCACGGCGCGCGCGCUCUUCCUCACCCUGCGCCCGAACUGCUCGCGCCGGCUCAACGCCUCCGUCGAGGCGCUCUUCACCAAGGCGUACGCGCCCGGCAGCCAGAACGGGCUCGUCGUGAGCUCGUGCAGCUCCGCCUCCCAGGCCGACCACAUCCGUAACUGCAGCGUCCCCCCUAGCGCUUACCUCGACAACUCGUCCCAGUGCGGCCGCGCCGCUGCGGACUCCAUCCGCUGCCCCGUGCUGACACGGCCGACCAGCGUCCCCGACCGUUUCCUCAACAGAACCAGGAUGCAAGCGCUCGCCGCGGAAUGCACCGGGCUGGUGUCGGCGGUGAGCUACUUGGACGCGCCGGCGCCGGCGCUGCUGCUAGCCACGAUGGAGCUGGAGUGGUGGAUGCUGGGGCCGUGCCGAUGCUCGAGCCACGCUAACUGCACCCAGGUCACCACGCCGGUCGCAGGGCAGGAGGCGUUCCGGUGCGACUGCCCCAAGGGCUCGGAGGGCGACGGCUUCGCCGAGGGCGUCGGUUGCCGGGAAGGUCCAAAAUGCAAUCCUUCAAAAUACCUACAAGGAGAUUGUGGCAAGACGAUCCAAAUCGUCCUUCUCGUGGCAGGGAUCAUGUUUGGCGCCAUGGUGACGGGCGUGACCUGCCUGGCGUACCAACUGCUGAAGCGCCGGUCCGCGUCCAUCCGUAUGAAGCGCAGCACGAAGCAGUUCCUAUCCGAGGCCUCCUGCACGGUGCCCCUGUACUCGUACCGCGAGAUCGAACGCGCCACCGGCGGUUUCUCCGAGGAAAAGCGGCUGGGCACGGGCGCCUACGGCACCGUGUACGAGGGGCGGCUGAGCGACGACCGUCUCGUGGCCGUGAAGCGGAUCAGACCGAGCGACAAUGGCGGCGGGGUGGACAGCGUCGUGAACGAGGUGAAGCUCUUGUCGUGCGUGUGCCACCGCAACCUGGUCCGCCUCCUCGGCUGCUGCAUCGAGCAGGGGCAGCAGAUCCUGGUGUACGAGUUCAUGCCCAACGGCACGCUGGCGCAGCACCUGCAGCGGGAGCGGGGCCCCGCCGCGAUGCCGUGGACGGUCCGCCUCCGCAUCGCCGCCGAGACGGCCAAGGCCGUCGCGUACCUGCACUCGGAGGUGCACCCGCCCAUCUACCACCGCGACAUCAAGUCCAGCAACAUCCUGCUCGACUUCGAGUACAACUCCAAGGUCGCCGACUUCGGGCUGUCGCGGAUGGGCAAGGCGUCGUCGCCAUCGUCUGUGGGCGACCCCUCGCACAUCUCGACGGCGCCGCAGGGCACGCCGGGCUACGUCGACCCGCAGUACCACCAGAACUUCCACCUAUCCGACAGGAGCGACGUCUACAGCUUCGGCGUCGUGCUCGUGGAGAUCAUCACCGCCAUGAAGGCCGUCGACUUCACCAGGGUGCCCAGCGAGGUCAACCUGGCGCAGCUCGCCGUGGACAGGAUCGGCAGGGGCCGCGUCGACGACAUCGUCGAUCCCUACCUGGAUCCUCACAGGGACGCCUGGACGCUCUCGUCCAUCCAUAAGGUGGCCGAGCUGGCGUUCCGGUGCCUGGCGUUCCACAGCGAGAUGAGGCCGUCCAUGACCGAGGUCGCCGACGAGCUGGAGCAGAUACAGCGCAGCGGGUGGGCGCCAUCGGCUGACGACGCCGCGUUCUUGUCGACGUCAUCGUCGAUCUCCUCGUCCGUAGCGUCGACGCGCGUCACCGACAGGUCGUGGGGUGCCGACAGAAGCCGGACGGAGAGGGGCAGGGUGAAUGCAUUGGUCGUGCAAGAGACGGCGGCGAAGAGUGCAGUGGAGUCUCCUGUGUCCGUGCAGGAGAGGUGGUUCAGCGAUGGGAGCUCCCCUUCCUCCAACAGCUUGCUGGGCAGUCGCUCCCUGCAUUGAACUGAAACAUACAAAUUGCUCGUCCAUGUAUCAGCUGGUCAGAUUAGAGCCCUUAGAUAUAUAUGCAUUUAGAACGAUGCAUUUGUUGAUCUGUUCUUGCGCGUCGUUCGUUCCCUCUUCCCUCCCAUUAGUCUGGAACUAUGUGUACAUCAUGUACAGUAUAUGUAAUUUAGCCUUGGCUAAGAGCAACUUCAAUAGAAGCCCUAAGUACAGAAACAAAUUAAAAUAUAUGGCCCCAAUAAGAAAGGACAGCUCUAAGAGAAGCCUCAUUUUAGUAAAA